UUUGAAAGUGAACGACGAGCUGUCGUUUUCAGUUUUAUUUUUCUCUUUCAUUGAUAUACGUUUAUUCAUUUUGUUUUGCUAAAUGGCAAAUUCAUUUCGUUUUUAACUUUAAAUAAGACAAUAAAAAUAUUGAAGCUGAAAACGUUUAAUUCGAAACAUCAAAACGAAAAGAGAAGGAAAAAAAUCGGUACCGAUCUGUACACAUACAAUAUUGACUGACGAUCGUAUGUAGAUUCAUAAAUACAUAUGACGUAGUGAGAAAAAACGAAAUGGUUUUUUCAAGUGUCAUAUAUGUUAUUGGGCUGCUGUGUGUAAAUUAUUCGGAUUCUUAUUCUGUGUAUGAAUACAGAGUAUGGUGUGUACAUCUAAUGAAGCACCGAUGUGCUUGCAGUUAGCACCUUAAAUGCAUUUACAGUCGUAUUUGCACUGGAACCGUGUGUAUCAUCGAAGACACUGAAAUAAAAACGAACGAAUAAAAAAGACAGCAUGAAAAAAUGUAUUAAGGACCGAACACACAACAAUAAAAAAUUGAAUAUUUUUGUAUUUGUGUAUAUGUCACAUAGCGCGCACGACGUGCAUACACAUCGUCGUCGCCAUAUACCGUUGGGAAAUACGAAAAAGAAACCGACAUAUAUAUCCGGCAAUACAGUGAUGAAAUAAAGAGAGACAAACGUUCGCCACGCAUUACAAUACAUAACACAUCAAUGUUCAACUACACAUAAUCAAUCGCUAAAUGCAAAGGGCCACACAGUAGCGACAAAUAAACGGAGCGAACAACAGAACCACAAAAUGAAGUGAAUAACGAGCUAACGAAAGAAAAAAAAAAACAUACCAAUUAUACGAUAUCAUUUAGUUUUACAGUGAACCAAAAAAUAUUUAGAAAACUAAAUGACAAAUGAAAUAAUAAAAGAAUAUAAAAUAAAGAGGGAGAAUACGGGCGAAAAGUAAAACUAAUAUACUGAAAAGCACAUUUUUGUGGAAAAAUUUAACCAUCUAAAUGAAAUAACGUGUUAGGAAGAAAACAAGAUACAAUACCGUGAAUUUUGUCACACUUAAACCAUUUAGGUUUAUGUGGUUUGCAACUUUUCGCCCCAAAUAAUACAGUUUUUUCUACUUUAUUUUUCAAAAUAAACAAAAAUACUAUAUAUAUUCUAUCAGCAGAGAAAAAAUUCAGCAAAGUGCAGUUGAGAAAAGAAAUCCAAAGGAAAAUACUAUAUGAGAAAAAAGAAUUUUCGAUUUUAGAAGAAGAAGAAGAAACUAAAUGAAUGAUCAGAAGCUUAUCAUCGCUGCAUGUGUUGAUUGAGACGUUUUGAUUGACGAAAUAAAUGGAAGACGCAGUGUCGAUUUUUUACGUCUUACGUUAAAGAAAAACAAAAAAUAACCAAUAAUGCAGCAUGGAUCAACAGAAUUUCUACUACGGAAAACACAAUGCCGGCUCUCUGAAUUAUCAGACGGCUUUCGGCAAUUCGGGAUCCGAAUAUCAAGCAACAGAUAUCGGCGAGCACACCUCACUGCAUCACUCGACCAGUUUAAAUUUCAAUAGCAGUUCCACAGCCACAAAUAAUGUAUGCAGUGAUUUAUCAAAUACACCAUCAACGGUCGCCAAUUUAUCACGAUCCACAAACAACAAUUUGACCGCAAAUCCAUCAACAAAUGAAUACAAUGCAGGGUCGUACAGUAGAUUUUAUUCGUACAUUUCGGACAAUACUGUACAAAAUGUGUCAUCAGCUUCGUCAAAUACAUCUGAUUGUAAUAACACCAAACACGUUAGUGCCUUUAGUAGUAAGUCAUAUGAAAAUACAACGAACUCGGCGCAUGUUCCAGUUAUAGCUGUAACAAGUAAUAGCUCACACGCAAGGGCCUAUCAUUCUAACAUAAACUAUGGAUCAUACAGUGCUGAUUACCAUAAGACUCUGAAUCAAAAUUAUCCAAGUGGCUCGAUUAUACCAUCACCGACAGCCCAAAAUCGAACAUCAUUGAACUCAGCAACAGCAUUCACACCGGUGGAGCAUAUUGUACAACCGACCGUAAAAAGAGUCAGUAAUAAUGUAAAUAAUAACGGUAAGAUAUCGGCAAAAACAAGUGUGAUCAAACCAGUGAAUGCAUACAAUGCAACCGCUUCGGUAUCUUCAAACUCGCCGAUCAAUUACGCAAAAUAUGUUCAACCAUAUCCUAUCUAUGCGAACAACAAUAAGACUGUAUCCACUUUGGAAAAAUCUCCUUCAUCCGCAAACCGUGGAAUGUAUUUAAAUAGUUCAACGAAUCAUAAAAACACAGAAUUAUAUUGUCCAGAACCAAUUUCGGCCGCCCGAUAUUCAAAUCCAGCUUAUGCAAUUAAUGUGAGCACACCUGGAAGUGGUCACACAAAUUCACAUUAUUUAAGUGCGAAUAGUUAUCCGUUGAACUAUGGCCAUCAUCCACAUUAUUUGACACAACAUCAAAAUAGUGUUUCGCAUCAUAGAAAUUUCUUGCCCACACCUGCCUAUCAAGCAUCACUCGAUGAAAGUGUAGCGUCCAAUUAUUUAAAUCGACAAAAUGUAGUAAGACCAACACCCUCAAAUACGUACAAACAAGGUCAAAUAACAUAUCAGAAUCCGUACAGUUACGCACGAGGCAAUAUUGUGAAUGCGGCAAGUGGAGUUAGUACGAAUCAUUCGAACAAUAACCAUCCUACGCUACCAAAGCCACAAACACAAAAUCCUUUAGAAGAUUCGUAUUCACUGGCACAUGAUUUUGAUAAUGCAUAUGAUCGACGAAAUUUUCGUCAGUACAAUUCGAUGUACAGUUCAAAUUAUAUUGAUUCAACUGGCUUUGAAGAGUAUACACAAUAUUCUUUCCCUUCGGCUCAUUCGAGUUCGGUACCAUUUUAUUCGCCCAAAGCAUCAUCGAAGCAACUUCUGUACAAUCACAAUCCAGGUUUAAAUGUGUACAAUAAUAAUGCUACAGCACAUGUACAAUUGACAUCGCAAACGUCACAAUCAGUCUCUACGUCAGAUGUAGCAACCACCUCAACGACGACCGUUGUUCAACAGCCUGUACCGAUAAAUCCAAGUUCCUCACAACUGAUCUCAAGUAACUAUGAUGCGACCUCGAUGCAUGGAAACUCAAUUUUACCAUCGUCUUUGUUUAAUAACAACAAUAAGGAGCUUUGCCAGCCAUCAAAUCAAUACCAUCAUCAGCAAAGUCCAUACACAUCGCAGAUUUUGUAUUCAAGACUCCAAAAUGGUAAUUACUAUCCGUCAAUGAAAUCAAAUCAGUCUGCUCACUUAGGAAUGCAUUCAAAUGAUGUGCACAUUGUCCAAGAUAAAGUGUGUUCAGAAAAACCUUUGCAAGCACAACCAAACAAAUAUAGUGUAAUUGAUCUCGAGGAACAAAUCAAUAGUUCGAAAAUAUCCAAAGUAUCGGGAACAAUGUUGUCAAAUUCAACGUUACAUCAUCGUGUUAAUGAGUUCGGACAAAAAAUACCAGUGGUACAUAUACAGGGUGAUCAACGACAACCAAAAGAUAACGGCUCUAGUCAAAAUGCAAUCGAAAGCAAUAAAAAUUCCUACGUUUAUAAUAGUGAAUCUUCGUACAAUACCGACUGCUAUCGGUUACAAUAUCAAUGGAAAAAGUCUGUAUCGUCGUCUUCAUCGACAGCGACAUCUACGUCAUCAUCAUUAUCAUCAACCACAACGCAUAUGCAUCCGAAAAAACAGAGCAUUCGAGAUUAUCUAUCUACAUGGAAUGAAGAUGAAGAUGGCGAAAUAGAUGCAACAUCUAAAAAGGCGUCCAACAAUCAAAACUUAUAUUUGGCUGCAAGGGAACCACCGCAUUUGAUAAAUAGCAUGAUGCGUCUAGAAAAAUCGAAUAGGAUAAACGAAAAUGUGCCAGUAAUUGUUCAGCCAGUUUUACAACCACCGCAUAGUAAUUUGUAUUCAUCAAUGGCAAUACCAUGUCCUGGAGUUUCUAUACUAAACAAUGCAUCAACGGUGCCACCAAAAUUUCAAGUGGGCAUCUGUAUCGAUAACGAAAGCCAAAACUUGCCCGAUAUUAUUGUUGAUAUACCGAAACCCAAAGGAGACGACGAAGCGGAAUCUUUUGAACGAGCAAAUGUAAUUCAAGAAGUUCCAAAAUCAUCCGAAAAACUGUACAUUCUUGAUUCAAUCGAAGUUCCACUGUCUGAUCUCAAUAAAUACAGACAUCUCAGUGUUGUGAAUAGAUUACCUGAUAAUAUUGUACUACCACCGCCACCAUUAUCAUCAACAAAUCAAUGCCAUGAACAUAAUGUACCGAAUGUAAAUGUACCCGUUAAAAUCGUCGGAGAACAGCAUCUAAUUCAUAAGCCACAACUUACUAAAGAUGAAUUUGGUGAGAGAGAUGCGAAUGAUAAAGAUGUUCCUCAGGAUAUAUUGACAGAAACGAGAAAUACUUUGAUUGUUAAAAAAUUGUUGAAAAAGUAUCGCAAACGAGAUCAAAUGCGUAAUAAACAAAAACAAGCACUGGCAUGCCAACAAGCUCCUUCAAAUGAACAUAAUAGUGAUUUAUCGACACCAUUGAGAUCUUUAUCACCAGCCCAUGAUUUUGAUUCGGAAAUGACAAGAGCUGUUGAUCUGUCUGUGCAUAGCAAAGAAAUGACCGAUGACCUUUCAGUGAACAGUAAUGACAAUAUCAAUGAAUUUAUUGGGGAAUUUUCAAUGUGUACCGAUGAUGGUGAAUAUGACCUUAUCCCUAGUCCUUUGGCUGAAAUACUGAAAUUAACCGAACAUCAGCCUUUGGAAGUUAACAGCAAAAAUGAUAGCGAUUGUGAAAUGGCGAAAAAACAUAUAGCAGGUACAGAUAAAGUUAGUGAUCAUGAAUGUACUGAUAAUGUAAAGGAUGUUAAAAACGAUGAAGGAAUUGGAAACGUUGGAAAUGUUAUCGAUUCCAAAAUUGUUGAACCUAUAGAAAUUAUUGAAAUUGAAGAAGAGAACGAACAGGAAAAAGAAUCAAUAAAAAAAGAAGAAACAAAACAGGAAGAAACAAAAAAAGAAGCUGAAAAACAAGAAAAUGGAGAUGAUAACAUUCCACCAAAAAGUGACACUUAUGCUGACAUUUCAAUCGAUACGUUACAAAAUUAUUGUGUAAAAACUUUCAACACCAGAGAAUUUCGUAGUUACUUCAAAGAAAAUGUAAUUAAUACAACAGAAAACGAUGAAAUAUCACCAGAUUGCUCGACCACAAAAAAUGAAAGUGAAGAGCCAAAGCAUACGCAUAGCAAUAAAGUCGUAGAUUCGAAGGACGAUAUUAUCGUCAUCGACACUGAUGACGAUGAAAAUGAUGAUGAAAUUCCAGAACUGGUGGAAGUGUGUACCAAAAAUCCCAACCUGCUAUUAAGUAUACCAAGUCUAUGUGCCUUAGCAAAACAAGCGGUACGAUUAAAUCAAUUAAAUAUGUCAUCAAAUUUGAAACCAAUUGUUAAAGAAUUGGAAUCAAAACGAAAAAUUGUCGCUUUGGAUAUUGUACAUGAUACAUGCGCCAACAAAGUACCAACACUUCAAGAGCUUGCACGUGAGGUAGCAAAUACAAUUUAUUCGUUUAAUGUAAAGCCACUUCAGGACAUAUGUAAAUUAGCCAUUGAGAAAUUCAAUCAUCUUUAUAUGGUCAGUCAAUUGGAUACGCCAAGCACAGGUUAUAUAUCCGAAAUGAACGUUACGGAAAAAAUCAACGAAACAUUUGUUGAAGCUUCCUCUGUCGAUAAGCUACCACAAAUUGAAGAGCAAUCAGUUAUUCAAAGGGCAAACUCAAAUGGAACUCAAUCAUCUUUAAAUAUGACUGAAAUCAUGGAUUAUUCUUCAACUGAAUCUCCGGUGAAAUCUUUGAAAAAUUUGGCCCAAAUUUGCGUUGAUGAUUUGAAGAAAUGCAAUGAAACUGAAAAUCAAACGAAAAACACCAAUAUUAAAAGCGAUAUAAUUACGUGUAAUUCAAGUGACUCCGAAACGGACACAUCGUCCAUAAGAAGUUCACAGAAAGGAGUUAUUACGGGUGGCGCACGAAAAGUUAGCUCAAGUGAAUCCCAAUCAAGCAGUGAAAGUGAAAGUUCUAGUGAUUCAAGUGAUUCAGAUGAUAGCGACGACGACGAAACCGAUGAAAAUGAUAAUAGUGAUUUCAAUAAAACAAACAAUGACACUAAACAAAUAACUGAUCAAGUAAAUGAAUUCACUGAAAGUAUAAAAAGUAGCAUAAAACAGCAAAUUGUGGAUGAUUGGUCUAGUGAAUCCAGCUCAUGUGAUGAAAUUGUGGUCAACUCAAUGGUUAAUAAAAUUGUUGAGCAAAAUGAAAACAACGAUUCAUCUCCUAUUGCAGAAAAUGUAGCGAAUCAAAUGGAGGAAGUAGAGAAAAUGAAUGAAGUUGAAAUAUAUAAUCCAACAGCGCUGAAAGAUAUUUGUAAAGAAGUACUCAAUGCUCAUUCCAUGAUCAUUCAAUAUGAAGUUCCAACGUUGAAAUGUUUAUGUGAACAUACUUUGGCCACCGCUGGAAUGGAAAUUCCAUUGAUUUGUUUUGUUCCCGAAGAAGAGUUUAUGACUGAAGAUCAAAGUUCAAACGAUGAUGAUGGUGUAUAUUUGUGCUUGGAUGGUGAGUUUGAUGAAAGAGAGCUAGCAAAUCUAUUCAAUGGUGAUUCAAUCGAUAUGCAUACACUUGAAACAAAAGAAUGUGCCACAGAUAAUUCCAGUUUCCGUGAUCAAUGUGUUGCAUUGCAAAAUAUUCUCUCCUCACCGUUACCCGAAGAUAAUCAAUUAAACGAAUCGAUCGAAAUUCAAUCAGAUGAAUUUUAUGUAGACCCAAAUGGAUUUUAUGAUAGCAUUCAGUAUGAGGAAACCGUUUUGCAGUCUGAAAAUCAAGAAGAUUCGGCUGCUGCAAUCGCAAAAUUAAAAAAAUAUUUACAAAACAAAUACGUUCAUCCGUUCAGCUAUCAUAAAAUGUUUGCUAUAAAUAAGCUAUUGAGAAAAUAUAAAGUAUAUCAAGUGUCUUUUUGCAAUAAAAAAUCAAGUGUACAAGAAAAGGUGCAGAAAAAACUUUCGAAAUUGCGUCAACAAGCCGAACAACGUUGUAAACCAAAGAAACUUGCGACACGUCGUUCGGCCCGUAUCGCUGACAAAAUCAAACAGAAAAUUGAUGAAACGGAUUAUAUAGGGAAAAAAUCGAAAAGCACAAAGAAUGAAAACACAAAAGUUGAUUCAUUGGAAAGAAGACAUGUUUGUAAAAUAGUGAACGUAAACGAAUUAAUUCAAAAUUCCGGAAAAAAGAGAAAAAUCACUGAGACUGAUAAGGAAUCAAUUACGCGCGAUCUUUUAAAAUUAAUUGCAAAGAAACGUACAUUGAAACGUAAACUAUCGAUUUGUCAACGGCCAAAAUUCACCCUUGAUGAUGAUGGAUAUUGUUACGAUGAAGAUGGCCAAAUUAGUGAAAUGCUGAGUUCUUUCAUAAACAAUAGCAUCGAUGAGGAACGCUCUGAAUUAUCGAAUGUAAAAAAGCCACGUUCACGUAAACCAUCCAUUGAAAGCAAAUCAUCCAAAGAGCACGGAAUCAAAAAGAAAACAGUACCGCCAAUUACAUUGAAAAAACAGUUCAUCACUGAAUACAAGGGAAAAGCGAAAAAACCGAAAUCAAAAACAAAGAAUUCAAUAAAAGGAAUAACAAAUGAACCAAAAGAGAAACCGUUGGCACUGACUGAAACGUUUGCUGUAAAUAAGACUGAAAAGAAGCGUAUUUCGCCUGGUACAACACUUACAUUCCCCACAAAGGCAUCGGUAAAGGAAAUAAUUCCCGCAAAGAGAACACGAUUCUUAUCGAUCGACAGUUCUUUAAUGCGAUACGGUACAGAAUCGAAGCGGUCAUACAACCAAAUGAAAUCAUUAAAAGAAAAUUCAGAAUCUCUCGAAAUUGUCAAAAGAAAAGUUACAACACCAAAACUGUUGAAGUCAAAUAAUAUCGAUGUGGCUACGAUGAAUAAAGAUGCUCAAAAGUCAACAAGAAUCAAAGAAAAACCUGUCACAUUACCGGAAUGUAAGAAAUCCAAUCCCGAAGUCCUAAAAGAAAUUCUCAAGUCAUCGUUAAAAUGUGUGCAAUCCGAAAAAAUCCAAAAUAAUACGAUAAAAUAUAAAAUCCCGACUAAGGUCAAAGUCCACAAUGAAGUGAAUGAAAUACAAACAACGAAACAAAUGGAAAACGUCAAGGAAUCACAUGCAGAAGUUUUACCCGAAAUAUCAACCACGAAUAUGAAAACCCUUGAAGAGCCCAUUCCUAAAAAUGCAAAGGAAAAUAACAGAUUGCCUAAACGAACACGUUUUUCCGAUCGAAUUCAGUCACUGUCACAAGAUCAAUCACCUUACUUGAAUGAAACCAAAGUGGAAAAGGAUCAAUCGAAUUUCAAAGCUGCUGAUUCCACAGAAAAUGUUAUGGAUAAUAAUAAAUUUUCAAUUAAAAAUCAAGAAAAACCACUAUCAGAAAGAAGCCUGUGUUCAACGAUGGUAUCUCCACUAAAAAUUAUCAUAGAACCAAAACGAUUCCAAUCACCAUCACCACCAAAGAAUGAAUAUGCUUCUGUCAAAGACCCAUUGGCAAUAAAUAAAACCAACGAGGAGCUUGGCCCACAAAAUGCGGAUUCCACCACAAUAAAACCGAUUGUGGAAAAGAAAGAAGUUCAAAGAAAAACACGAUUCUCGGAUAGAAUUACAAAUUCAGUUGUAAAGCCAUUGGUCAUUGGUAGUGAAAAUACCCAGUCACCUUCUAUUCAAAUUGAACCGUCUAUGCCAUUAAUAUCAGAGAAUAAUGAUAAAAAAUCACCAGAGAAAAAUGUGAUAAGACCCAACAGAGAGACUGACAUAAGAGAGUCAACACCAACUCAAGAGCAACAAAUAUUGUUUACAAAACCAGAUAUGAAUGCAACGAUUAAGCCGCUUAUAGAUAUCGAACAGCUUUUGCCAUCAACGAAAAUUCUACAACCGAAACCAGGGAGGCGGUGCUUGGCGAGAGCUCAAACAAUAUCACAUUCAGUAUCUCCAUUGAAUAACAAUAAUACUUAUGAACCUAUGCAAUUGCGUUCAUCCAACAGCUACUGGAGCCGGAGAAGAUUUGAUCAACCAAGAAACUAUGACAUCAAACAAUAUCAACGAAAUUUCCCUUAUAAACCAAAAGAAUUUCCGUCUGCUUUGUAUAAAGAAAAGCUAACAUCAACAACAAAUUCCAAUUCGCCACCCAAAACAAUGGUUUAUUCACAAAUGGCCAUAAAUAAUACGUCAAAAAACAUUCCACCACCGUUGCAAAAAAAACCAAUUGACAUAUCGUCAUUUCCUGAUCCUGAAACACUUCAAAUACCAUCUCUUGAUUUACGCAUGUCACCUUUUGGUCGUUCUCCUUUAACAUUAUCAAUACCGAAACCAAUGGCGAUGCAAGAUAACAAAGAAAUAGCAACAGCAUCCAAUUCUGAACCCAAAAGAACUGAACUAAAUAAAUUCGUUUCAGACUACAGUAAAUUUGAUAUUCCACCAUCUGAUCCUCGUCAAACUUCCACCGAUGUUGAACGAAAAUCACCUGCAUUUGCGACAAACCAUUCGACAAGCACGCCUUUUAGUUCGCCAUCAAACACUUCGCCGAAAAUUCCAAUCAGUAUACAAAAGAGUAUACCAUCAAAUAUACUGUCGAAUGUGCUUAAAAGUUUUUCACCAAACAAUUUUUCACCAAAAAGUCUGUCACCAAGUAUAUCAUUGAAUUUACCAUCGACUCCGGUAUUAUCGUCACCAUCAAACUCCGUUCUAUCAAGAGUGAAUCUGCCAUCGUCUAAUAAAUCACCGUUAAUCAAUAUACAAUCUUUGAAUAUACCAUCACCAAACGUACCAUCAUCGGGAAAUGUAACACCAAACAUAUCGGCGCCGUCUGAAAUGAAUACCAUUCCAUUAGAACUAGAUCGUGUUGUAACACAACAACGUAAAAUACGUGAAAUGCAACGUCGCAAUAGCCUUUGCGUUGCAGAAAUCAGUAGCUACCAACGUAAUAUUCUCAGUAAAUUUGCAAAUAGCAUCAAACAUAAAAAAUUGAAAGUCGAAGAUAUUUUAAAGAAAAUUUAUAAUAAACAACCAUCGCCAAGUUCGACCUCAUCAAGCAGCAGUGAUUCGGAUAGUUCUAACUCGAAUUCAAGUGAAUCAGUUAGCAGUAGUAGUUCUAGUUCAUGCAGUUCAAAGAAAAAAUCACGUCGAUAUCAUAAAAAGAAGCGUUCACAUAAACGUAAUUCAAAUUCCGAUGAUAGCAGUACGGAAUCAAGCAGUUCGUCUAGUUCAUCGUCAUCAUCAACGCGGCAUGGAAUAAAGCGUUCAAAACGUUAUCGAAAAUCGACAAGAAAAUCAACCAACCAGAUAAAUGAUAGUCGAAGAAAACCUACCCCAAAACCAAUGUUUGACAUUGAAACAAUCAAACAAAAUGCAUUGAUGGGAUGCGUCAUGCACGAGGAAUUGUUAAGAAAUAAAUUGAAUCAAAUGUCAUCCUAUUCGAGCAUUGCACCCAAUGAAAGCAGUUGUGCUCAAGCAUAUAUGCAGCAAAGUCAAAAUACAUCAAUACUAUCGUCGGAUGCACCGCUAGACAUGGGCCAUACGAUAAAAAAUCCUUAUGUUAAACUACAACGAAACACCAACAUCGAAAAUAUGGCCGAAAAUUAUGCACAUGAGCAACAACAAAAUACUAAUAACAACAACACUUCAACAAGGUACAAGCAAAAACGUUUCGAAUAAAUUAAAAAUCAAUAACAUCGGUAAAUUUAGCAUUUGAAUUCAGUAAAUGUGAAAAGAUGAACUUUUGAUACCAAAAAUAUUGUGGAUAUUAGUUUAAAAUGACAUUUGAAUAUUAGGUCGCCAAAUACAGAAAAUUCUUGCGACAGAUCACGAACAGAGCUGCACAGUAAUUUGUGAUAUUCACACUGUAAUUGUUGUUCAAUACCGUUCGCAUUCCAUUCAUUUGAUGAAUUCAUUGGAAAUAAACUACAUUUGGGAAAAUUUCCAUUUUUUUUCUUCUUCAAAUCAUUUAGUAUGAUAAAAAUGGUAUAGAAACAAAAAUUAUAUAUAUUUCAUUUUGAACGAUGUAUGUAUGUGUGUAGCAUCUGUUUUUGAAAUGAGUUGCGAAUUCAAGGCAAUUCGUGUAAUCACUUUGAUCAUAUAAUAUAUUAUAGUAAGUAGUACACACAAGCCAAAUACUGUUGGCCCAAUUUGACUGGCAUGUGCUUUCAAUUUUAUGUACGCUUUCAAAGUUUUGAGUUCUGUGGUUCAGGUUACGUAACCACAGAAUUUUUAAUCGUUUACAUUUUUCUAAUGGAUUAAAAUUUAAAAGGAAAAAUUAUCAACUUAGCCCUAUAAUUAUAGCAAUACAAAAUAUUAGAAUAAAACGAUACGGAUUUUUUUUUU